CCGAGAAUACACCUGAAUUGUCUCAAGCCCAACUCAACUGCCGACAUAGUGCUCAAUAAGAACUUGUCGAUUUCCACGCUCUUGCAAAAACCCGCAGCGGCUGCUUAUAACCCAUCAUUUCAAAUAUUGUCUUAUACACGCUGAGUAGCUUCCAUAACCACUACAUCAUGGUGUCACUUAACGAAGGAAUUACCGUUGAUGGAAGAUCAGGCAAUGAAAAGAAGCAUUAUAACAACUACUUCCUCAACGAACAUGACCUGGAGUACGUUCCUCCUUACUUCCGAGACACACCGGAAACUGUCGACGAGGUGACGUGUCCUACAAAGGGUAUCUGGCCACCAUGGUUGAAUGGAACGUUCAUGAGAAUUGGUGCUGGGAGAUUUACGAUUCAGUUGUCGGAAGACGGUUCAAAGCCAAAUGCCGUUUUACAGCACUUCUUCGACGGUCUUGCCAUUUUGCACAAAUUCCGCAUGCAAUAUGGCCAUGUUUACUACAGUAGCAGACAUACUGCUGAAGGAGUAGUGCAGAGAGCCAAGGAAAAGGGCUACGUCGAGACGCUCAUGUUUGGCCUGAACGCCAACACGCCUCUGCAAGAUGCGCAAGAUCCUUGCUCAGCAUUGCUGGGUGCACAGCAAUCAAUGUUUCUUCCUCAAGGGCAUAUGGCUCCGGACGAGGUAAAUGUCAAUGUCGUCCCAAGGAGAGGUAUGCAUCUCCCACCGGACACCAAUCCGAAAUCCAGAGGCUCGGUGUCGGAGAAUCCAGAAGCGGAAGAAAUACUUGUGCACACAGACUUCAAUGCUCUCCAGGUCUGUGAUGCAAAGACUCUUGCACCAAAGAGACUCCUCACCUACGCUGAAAUCGAUCCCGAACUUGCGGGCUUCGGUAUUUGUGCUCAUCCACCAAAAGACCGGGCUCGUGGCCAGACGUUCAAUUAUAUCAUCAGUAAAGAUGGUGUAUUGUCAAUCUUCGCCCUGGAUAUCAGAGCAAAGCCAACCAAGGUAUUGUGGAAGACACCGCUACCUUGCGCUCCGUGCUACAUUCAUUCUCUCGCAAUGACAGACAAAUAUGUCAUAUUCAUCCGAAAUCCUCUACACAUGGACGUCAGCGACACUACCAAGCAGCUCAUGCACAUGAUCGAGUACGAGCCACACUCGCCAACUCAGUUUUUCGUCCUUGAGAAGGCGACAGGAAAGCAUAUUUCAACCUUUAAUGGCAAUGGAUUCAUGUUCUUCCAUUCCGUCAACGCAUACGACUAUGUCGAUCCGGCAACUAAGGAAGUGAAUAUCCACGUUGACCUCUGCAGCUACGAAGGUGGCUCCAUCCCGUACAAAGAGUAUAACCUCAGCAACAUCGUUGACCCAGCGGCGCCUUUUCAAGAUGGCACCUUGGUGCGAUACGAACUCGCCGGGGUGUCCACGCAAGGGUUAGAAAGGCCUGGCCGCGUCACGACGAAAUCUGCUAUCCCAGGCGUUGCAGCAGAAUUGCCUCGUAUCGCAAAGGAUGCUUCGAUGAAGCCGGGGUAUCGCUACGUCUACUUCACAGCCGGGAAUGGCGGCGCUUCCCCUGGCACUGAGGUGCCGAUUGGCAGACUGGGCAACGGCCUCAAGGUUGUCCAGGCGGCAUUCCUUGGCAGUCUUGCGAAAUCGGACUGGGAGACGGGAAGUUUCGUCAGAUGGCAGCCAGAAAAUGGAGAAAGUUGCCCGUGCGAACCAGUAUUUGUUGGAAGACCUGGAGCUGUGGAUGAAGACGAUGGUAUUGUACUGACAAUUGUCAUCAACAAGCAAGGGACGCAAAGUGUAUUGGUCGCUCUGGACGGUAAGACGUUUAAGGAAGUAGCGAGGGCUGACAUGCCGCAAGUCUACGGACUAGGUCCCCAUGGCUCCUUUAUCGAGAACUAAAACAACACCUAGCAAGUGCAGGAAACACAAGCUCACUCUGGUAGGCACAGGUAGUAGAUAACUUGUGACUCCUUAUACAUUCACCCAUGCAAAAGUAAAUAAAAUGUCUUUCAAACCCCUCGGUUGCCGCGAACAAUAUUGGUGGUCCGAUUGUUCGGAGAAACUGCCCGAAUACGCUGGCCAGAUACUUG